AUGGCGGUGCUGGAGGUUACCCUGGCGGAUCAAAUGGCGGUGCUGGAGGUUACCCUGGUGGCAGCAAUGGAAAUGGAGGAUAUUCAAACGGUUAGAGGAUCAAAUGGCGGUGGUGCUGGAGGUUACCCAGGUGGCAGUAAUGGAAAUGGAGGAUACCCAGGCAGUGGAUCAAAUGGAGGCGCUGGAGGUUAUCCAGGUGGUAGCAAUGGAAAUGGAGGGUAUCCAGGAGGAAAUGGUAAUGGUGCUGGAGGUGCUGGCGGUGCUGAGGGAUACGGAAGCGGAAGACCAGCCAAUGGAAGUCCUCUGGGGAGCGGAUAUUAA